UUGUGGAAAGAUGCGGUCAGAGGCACAAACAGGUGGUCGUUAAAAAAAAGAAAAGAAACAGGAAAAGCUCAGGGUUAAACUUCACCGAGAGGAUAAUACUGUCCUACAUUUCUCCUGUUAACGGGUGUUGAGAUAAAGGCCAUGAUGCAGACUGCGGUGCUGAACCUGCAGAGCUUGUAUGAUAAGCUGAGGUCGCAGGUGGACCUCCUCAAUGACAACAUCGAACCCAACUUCAUCCAGAUGGCUCAGAACUUCGAGGACUGUCGGCUCCGCUGGCAGCGAGCGGAGCUGGAUCUUGGAUCCUGUAAGGAGGUUCUCACCAAGGCUGAAACCGAGCGGGGGGCGCUGGAGGUCAAACUGAAACACGCCCGCAACCAGGUGGACGUGGAGAUCAGACGCAGGCAGAAGGCCGAGGCCGACUGCGAGAAGCUGGACCGUCAGAUCCAGCUGAUCCGGGACCUGCUGACCAGCGAAGGAUCCUCGAACAGCAUCAAGCUGAGCGCAGAGCAGCGAUCGGCCCUCGCCUUCCUCAACACCAACAGCCAGCCGACUGCUGUCCUGAACACCAGCCGCAGACUGCGCACCAUCGACGAGUCGGCCUCCAUCCUGUCGGACAUCAGCUACGACAAAACGGACGACUCGAUGGACUGGGACUCGUCCAAUGUGAGGACGGUGCGCCUGAAGAAAAGAGAGAAGAGGCGCUCCUCCAGAAAUCACGUCGACGGACCUCCAGGCGCCUCCAAGCGCUCCAGAUCCAACGGGAGGAACGCAGAGAGGGGGAAUGAGACUCUGGUGACGAAGACCACGGUGACGGUCCCCGCUGACGGAGGACCGGUCGAGGCCGUCUCCACCAUCGAGACGGUGCCGUACUAUACCCGCAGCCGCAGGAAGACCGCCAACAUGGAGUGGGACUCUGAGUCGGUGAAGUCUCAGGACGUCUUCAAGCAGCCGGAGGUCCUUCAGGAGAGACGGGCAGCACCAGGGACGCCUCAGAACCUCGGGGGGGUCCGGCUGCACGACUUUGUCUCCAAAACGGUCAUAAAGCCCGAGUCGUGCGUGCCCUGCGGGAAGAGGAUCAAGUUUGGGAAGAUUUCUCUGAAGUGUCGUGACUGCAGAGUGGUUUCUCACCCCGAGUGUCGGGAGCGAUGCCCCCUGCCGUGCAUCCCCAACCUGGGGGCCACGCCCGUCAAGAUCGGAGAGGGCGUCCUCGCAGACUACGUCCCCGACACGUCUCCCAUGAUUCCUCCUCUGGUCGUGCACUGCAUCAGUGAGAUCGAGCAGAGGGGUCUGCACGAGGCGGGUCUGUACCGUCUGUCCGGCUCCGACCGCACGGUGAAGGACCUGAAGGAGAAGUUCCUGCGCAGUAAGACGGUGCCGGUGCUCAGCCGGGUCGACGACAUCAACGCCGUCACAGGACUGCUCAAAGACUUCCUGAGGAACCUGAAGGAGCCGCUGCUCACAUUCAGACUCAACAGGGCCUUCAUGGAGGCCGCCGAGGUGUCAGACGACGACAACAGCAUCGCUCUGAUCUACCAGACGGUAGGAGACCUGCCGCCGGCCAACAGAGACACGCUGGCCUUCCUGGUGCUCCACCUGCAGAGAGUUGCUGAAAGUCUGGACACGAGGAUGGACGUCAGUAAUCUGGCUCGAAUCUUCGGGCCGACCCUCGUGGGUCACGCCGUCCCGAACCCCGACCCCAUGAGCAUCCUGCAGGACACCAAGAGGCAGCCCAAG